AUGCAUACGUCUGAGUUAGUCUACGUCAUCCCGCCAUACCUUCUCAAUACGAGUUUGGGUGCAAGUUUGCAGAAAAAACUUGCUAUAUUGGAUUCAAAGUUGGCUCAAUUGAAUUGUGUAUCUUCAAGUUCACGAUACUAUAAUGUCAAUUUUAAUAAGCAAGAUGCAUCCAAAUUACCAUCUGACUCUAAGCAAUUCUCUCUGGACCCGGUACUCAACCAAAUAGUUCGUGAUAAACUCAUCUAUAAGCUCUCUGCUAUGGGGGUUGUUGGGGUAGAGAAUCCCAUGAAGAAAUUGGAAGAGGAUGAAGAUUAUUUGUUUGAAAUUUAUAGUAAUACCUUACUUGUUGACUAUGCAGACUCUUCCACCAUGGGGACACCACUUUUAGGUCCGAAAGAUGGUGACGAGGAAUAUGGCACAGAUGGGAAUGAUCACGAUAUUGGUACUGGUGACGACGACGAAGAUCAUGAACGAGCAAUUGCUAAUGAAAUGGAAGAAUUGAAAACUUCGAAGGCAAAGAAUUUAUUCAAUUCAACAAAAUUAGGUGAAGUGAAUCUAGAUACUAUUUCUCAAUAUGAAGAAGAACUUUUGGGGAAAAAUCUGGCGUGGUUGGCUCAAAGACUCCAACCAAAGUAUUCUACGAAGCAAUACAAGAAAUUCAUGGCAUGCCCACUCAAGGCAUUGCUUGCACGAGUCAAGGCCGAUGAGUCUUCUCAGGCCAAAUCAACCCCAAGUUUUAUUGAAAUAAAUGACGAAUUCUUCCAAUACCCACUCCCGGUGACUUGGGUACCACUUAUUUCAAGUAAAUAUGAAAACUACUUGACUUCUAAACUUGGACUUUCGAUUGACAUUGACCGAGGCUUUUCAAACAUAUCAUUCUUGUAUAACAGAAAAUCCAAGGAAUCUGACUCUAAACACAAGAAUAAGUUCACCAAUUUCAUCAGUGACAAAUCUGUAUCACCUUCCUCUGGAGUUUUUUAUUAUGAGAUUGAAAUCCAACAAGAAUGUACCGAUGCUACCAAUUACAAACCAAUUAUUUUGACUAAUGAUGAGUCAGUUUCGUCUCUUAAUUCGAUGCAUGUUUGUGUUGGGUUUACUAAACGGUUCUCCAAUGUAGAUUUUGGCACUCUGCAUCCUAACAGCAAUGCCAGCAUGGCAAACAUCCGCUCUGGAGGUGGUGCUGGCGGCAGCACUAGAACGGAAAUUGAUUUGGAACACGUUAAGAAUGAUGUAGAUUCAUUCAUAUAUGGCUGCAACGGAGAUUACCACCAACAGAAAAAACCCAGUGAAGAUUCUACAGUCACAGAAAAAUCACUCGCUUCAGAUGAUAUUGAAAACUUUUUAGCAUCUCAACCAGGGGUACUUCGAGGAAGCUUUGCGGUUAAUUUUGAAGACUCAUUGUUUUAUAACUCGGAGAAGAAUCCAGAAUCGUUACAAAGAGCUGCAGUAUUACAUAUGCGGAGACUUUCCGUGAAUCGUCAACAUUUAGAGGACUUGGAUUCUGGGAAACUUGACUUGGGGGUCCCAUUGACUACACAUUUAGAGAAGGGAGCAAAAAACGGUGCACACGAUCUGAGAAAUAAGGAUCUGUACCAUACUGACAUUAUUGGAUGUGGAAUUAAUUUUUAUGAUAAAUCGAUGUUUUAUACAUUGAAUGGGAUUCUUGUUAAGAUAAUUACAAAGGAAGAUUUAAGUACCAGUAACCCGCUAAGUGAAAAUAUGUUUUUCGACGCUGAGGUUGACCUUCCUAAGGCUAUGGAAAAAGUGAAGAGAAUGAAUGAUCCAAAUUUCCUGGUUAGUGAUUUGAAAUCAGUUUACCCCAUAAUUGGGUUCAAAUUGGCCUCUGACCUUAAGGAAGGAGGAAACAAUACAAUUAAUGAGGGAGGUACCACUUCAACAAUUAUCAAGACAAAUUUGGGAUUUAAAGAAUUCAAAUUCAAUGUGAACAAUUAUAUUCGAAAUUUCCGUAAUGAAUUUCAAAAUUCGUUAUACGUUUCAUUAUUAGAAAAGAUUGAAUUUUAUGAAUGGCAAAGGAAACAGAAUGGGAAGAAUAGCAGCAAUAUCGAGGCAUCAAUUCUAAAUGUAGAUGAUUCUAACAUUAUGAAUGAUCUUAUUAAGGAAUACUUGAGUCAUGAAGGAUAUUUGAAAUCAUUCAAGUCAUUUGAUGCUGAUUUAAAGAAUUUACAAAAGGAAAUUGGAGGUGAUGAUGAGAUCAAGCAGGAGGAGAAUGAAACUAAAAACUUUAUCAAUUCAAGUUGGGAAGUAUUGGACAAGUCAGAGGCGAAUAAUCGUCAAAUUAUCAAGGGCCAUAUUUGUCGUGGAGAAUUUGAUUUAGCCAUGAAAUUCUUAACCUUAAAUUAUCCACAUUUACUUUAUGGGGACAUAGGAGAGAAGAGUAUUGUUUUCGAUUUAAAGUUACUUAAGUUUGUCGGUAUGAUCAAGAAUUAUUUAGAGAUGAAUGAAUCCAGCAAUGUGGAUGAAACAACAAAUACUACAAAACCAUUAGCCACCAUCAAAUCAGAAGUGUUCUUACAAUUGUUCAACUUUGGUAAAGAUUUGAAAAAGGAAUACGAACAUAACGUACGUAAUCUUGAAUCAUUGAAGCUUGUUUCAUCGUUGUUUUUGAUGGACAAUAACACUUCACUUGAACACUUGCCUGGAGCAAGGGAGUUCAUUGAAAAUUACACAGAAAAGGUCAACUUGCUUGCCGAUGAAAUUAACCGUAAGAUAUUGAUAUCUUUAGGAUUUAAAAUUCCAACUCUUCAAGCUAUCUUUGAUAGAGUUGAUAAAAACAUUGAAAAGUUAAGUUUAAAAUAUUGCGAUGAUAAAUUUAUGUUGGUUAAUUUUGAAAAAGAUUAUAUAGAUUUAUAG